AUGCCUGUUGCCGCUAAAUUCAUAGUGCCAGCUGCCCUUGGCUUGUCUCUAGUCACUGUCACAGCUUUGGUGGUGUACUAUGUCUUCAAGAAGGACGAGGAGUCCGGAGACUCCAAGCCCAUCGCAACUUCUCGGGUGAACACCAUUGAAGUCAAUGUUCCUAAAAGUCUGGUCCCUGCUUUAAUUGGUCGCAGUGGUGCUAACAUAAAGGAAAUAGAACACAAAUCCGGUGCCAAGAUAAACUUCAAGAAGUUCCCUGACAAAGACUACGACAUAUGUGUGAUACGGGGCGAGAGCCACACCUCGCAGACGGCUGAGAACCUUAUAAGGGAGUUCAUGAAACAGCAGCCCGUGAUUGUGGAAGAUACAUUGGUUGUGCCCAACUGGGCUUGUGGCAGGAUCAUAGGCUCAGGCGGUGAGACAAUCAACGAUAUCAGCCACCGCAGCGGAGCUCGAGUCAAAGUAGAGGGGCCCCCAACGGCCGACAACGCAUCGCAGAGGCAUGUCACCUUCCGAGGCACCAAGGAACAAAUCGAGGUUGCCAAGGGGCUGGUAUCAAACUGUGUGGCUCAAGAGAAAUGCCGUCGCGAAAUCGAACAGUCAAAGCGCAGUCCGCGUCACGUCCAAGUACAACCAGCCACGAGCGCAGCGGGGGCAGCGCAGGCGGGCGCGGGCACGGAGGCGCGGGCGGGCGGCGACCACGUGGAGGAAUCGCCAGGUGACCCCAAACGCGUCAAGUAUAAGCGGAAUGAAGCCGCAUCGUCCAGUAUCGAAGUAUACGUAUCAGCCGUGUCGUCCCCCGCCCGCUUCUGGGUGCAGUUCGUCGGGCCACAAGUCUCUCAGCUGGACGAACUGGUCGAACACAUGACGGAGUACUACGGCGACAAGGCGAACCGGGAGGCACAUGCGCUAACAUCAGUAUCAGUAGGGCAAGUGGUAGCGGCGGUGUUCCGCCACGACGGGCGCUGGUACAGGGCGCGCGUGCACGACAUACGACCCAACGAGUUCGACGCCACCAAACAGGUGGCGGAUGUGUUCUACUUGGACUACGGAGACAGCGAGUACGUGGCGACGCAUGAGCUCUGCGAACUGCGCGCCGACCUUCUACGGCUGCGGUUCCAGGCCAUGGAGUGUUUCCUGGCUGGCGUUCGUCCAGCGGGGCGCGAGGAGGACGUGGUGCGCGUGACGGCGGCCGGCCAGCGCUGGGAGCACUGGCCCGCCCCCGCCGUCGAGCGCUUCGAGCACCUGGCGCAGGUUGCGCGGUGGAAGCCUCUAGUGUCGAAAACUUGCACGUAUAAGAAGAUGGCUACGGAAGACCAGAAAGAAAAGGAGAUACCCGGCAUUAAACUGUAUGACGUCACUGAAGAAGGCGAGAUCGACAUCGGCGCGGUGCUGAUCUUGGAGGGGCUCGCCGCGCCCGCGCCCGCCGCCCCCGCCCCCCGCGCCUCGCCGCCGCGCCCGCCGCCCUCGCCCUUCGGCGACCUCGGCGCCUCCAGGGUGCUCGGGAUGGUAGAGAACCGCAGCUCGUCUUUACCUCGUGACCACAAGGAAGACCACACUGCAGAUAAUAACAACACACAAGCAUCUCACCUCGCCACCUCGAAAUCCCUAGGCUCCGGCAUUGAAGCCUCGCACACACCGGUCUCCAUGACCAACGUGGACCUCUCGAGGCCGAAACAGAACGGCUCCCACGACCUCAUCGAGGCCGAACGACGGCACGAGGCCGAGAGACGACACGAGACCGACGAUGUUCCUCACACGCCGGACUUACACAAAACCCCCAUAGAUGAAUUGAAAGCUAAUAUAAAUAGGAUCGAUUCGCAUCAUGGUAAUUUAGAAUCUUUAGGCAGAUUGCAUGAGUUAUAAGCUCGUUAAACAUAAAUGCAGUACCUAUGUCAAUUAAUGAAAAACAUUCACUCAAACCUGUUAAUUUGUAGGUCAUACUGAGCAACUUUUACUAUGGCACCAACCCCAAAAUCGCGAAAAAAAAAUUGACUCUUCCAUAGGAAAUUUCGACGCUAGUCCAGCAAAAUGUAUGAAACAACCACAUUUUAUUUCGCGAAUUCGGUGUUGGUGCCAUAGUAAAAGUUGCUCAGUGUGACUUACACAUUAACGGGUUUGAGUAAAUGUUUUUUGUUAAUUUACAUACUGUAUGUGGCGUAGUCUAGUCAAAGGUCCUACUUUGUCGUUUACCAUAAGGACGAGAUUUGCUUGUAUCUUUAUACGAAUAACGCGUCAAAGCGUCCUAAUGGGAAGCUACAAAGUGGGACUUUUUGCUUGGAAACGACACCUGUGUACAUUUAAGUUCUGCUUGGCGAUAAAGUUCUUAAGUGUAGAGAUAUUUAUAAUUAUUUCAAUUAGGCAUAUAUAUUACAUUUUCAGGCACACGGUAGCAUUGUUGACUGUCAACAGUAAAAGCUAUAAGCAAACCAAAAUUUAAUACAUAAGGUAAACGUACUAGUGCUCGACAUGCUAAUGCCCAAUAGAUGACACCUUGCUGUCACCUCUAUUGACAAUGACUUAAGUUUCAAGAUGACAUGUACUGGGACCGCGUCGAGCACCAGUACAUUUACCUUACUAUAUGCCUGAAAAAGUUACAUGUAUAUAAUAGAGAAAUAAAUGUGCACUCGAAUAAAUUGACUCUAAGCGCCACUUGCACCAUUCCACUGACCCAGGGUUAACCCGUUAAACCGUUAACCCAGUGUCAAAUGUUACUGGUAACCAUGGUAACUCCAGGUUUAACUGCUUAACCCCAGGUUAGUCCUACUAACCCGGGGGUUAACCCGUUAACCCAGUGUCAACAGUCACUGGUAACUAUGGUAACUCCAGGUUUAACCGGUUAACCCCAGGUUAGUAUAUGGUGCAAGUGCCCUAAGAGUGUUAGAGCUUUAGAUCUUAUUAAGCUCAUUAUGUCGGUAUUCAGCUUUUAAUUGCACUGUAGUAUAUAGUUCACUUUUGCAUGUCAAUUACUCUGGUGUCAUAUUUUGUUUUCUGUUCAAUGGCCCACAGUCAAAAGUUUUUUGUGAAUAUCUAAGAAUACAUACAUACAUAGAUAGCGGUUUAGGUUUUUAAGUUUUUAAUUCAGAAUCAAAGAGACAAUAAUCAGUGUAAGGGCAUUGAAUUAGCCUCCUAAGCCCCAUACAAAUGCAAAACCCAACAUUUGUCAAUGGAAUUUGAACCUAUGUUGCAAGUAAUUAGGGUUGAUUUUUAUUUGUUUGAAAAUUUUACGAAACAAAAGAAAUGGAACUGUUCCAAUUGAAUAUGGUUUAAAUUCCAUCGAACUGAAGUAGUACUAUAUGUAGGACCUAGGGGCCUUAGGGUUAGGGUUAGCUGUAAAAUCUUACUGAGAUAUGGCUCGCCGCGGGCGCGAGGGUAUUAAGAGUGAUAUAGGGACCGUGCGCGUUGGAGGGUCUGCCAUCUUAUGGUCUGAAUCGGAAACAUAAACAUGUACAUUGCCAAAGCAAGUGCUACCAUCUACCGUUCUCGUACGUUUUCUUGUGCAUAGCAGGUUCUGUCAUCUUGUGCGCUACAUCGGAAGCAUAAAUUCACAUUUCCGCGAGGCGCCAAAAAUUUGACGGCUCCUAUGCUGCCCCCUAUAGUUCAUGCACAUGCAUAUAUCUUCGUGCUCUGUGGCGGGCAUAUGCGAGGACCGUUUCUUAUUAUCUAUGGUACAGUCAUAGAUUAAAGCAAACAUGAAUGUAUUUAUAACGAAUCGUGGCAAGUGAUUAUUUAUGUUGUUUUACCUGUAGAUUUGUUACUGUGAUCCUACAAAUAUAUAAACAAAUAUGUAUUGUAGUUGUAGUUUAAGAUUAACUUUUAUGUCCGAUGUCCGUUCGUCCCUCUCGCACUUACAUACUUGCUGGUAAAGGACGAAUGGUUUACUCCCUUUUUUUAGUUACAUCCAAAUGAAUAACAAUAUCAGUUAUUCAAAGUACUUAUCGUAAAAUUAGUUGAUAGUAAAUGAAGGCCUGUAAAACCUUUUGCGGCCUAUUAUCGAAGAACUAUAUUUUGUCGACCAAAUGUGGACCUAAUUAUAAUGUCGUAAGGUCUAUUUGGUGUCAGUUGAGUAUCUUUCACUUUGUACAUACGUAUUUGUAUAAAAUGGUAUAGUUAGUUGCAAAACAUCCGCUUGUCAGUGCAAUAGUUACGAUAUUAUUGAGUUCGUUAGGUGUAGAUAUUUUGCAACUAACUGUAUAUUUAUGUAGUGUAUAUAGUAUAUAUGUAUCCGUACAAGUACAUAUAAAGAUAUCAUUGUUAACGGUAACAGAGUAAUAUUGCAGGUCAACAAACUAAUUUGGUAAAACUAUAAGUAUGUUUGGUUGUUAUAAUUAUUAAUUAAUAUCUUAUUAAAUAGUAAAUAAUGUGUAAAUCAAUCCUUCUUCCAAUCUACCUCUAAAUUAUAAAAAUGUCUAUUAUUAUAAAAGUUAAACUUAUCACAUUUACUGUUUGAUACUGUUUUAUACUAACAUGUUGUACAGUCAAUGCAAAUAUUUUUUAACCCUUCAAAGACAUACAAAUUAACCCUUCGUAUAUGUUGUCUGGGUUGUCCCGAAUACGUACCACACAAUUAAAUAUGCACUGUAAUUUACAGUUUCAAGGUUAUUAAUUCAGAGGCAAUUUUUUGACAAAGGCAUACGAAGGGUUAACAGUGUUAGUUUCGGGGAAUAGGCACCGCUUUUUGCCUAGGUAAUCCCUGAAUCUGUCACAAAGUUUCAUCGACUAGUUCCCGAUUCGCUGGAUUCUUGUUUCGCCAGUUCCGAUGAGCCGUACUAAAGUAAAUCCGUCGAAACAGGAAUCCGGCAAAACGGAAACUAUAGUCUGUAUCUUUAGGUAUUGAAAUAAAAAUCAACAAAAUCUACCCUCAAAUGGCUCCUUAAACCAGUUGAGGGUAGACGAAAACAUUACAUGAUCAAAUAAUGUAGGUUAAAGUCAGGUAGUUCAGUGACAGGUCCAGGCGCUUUUGUAUUUGGUUGGUUAACCAAUAAAUGUUAUAACUACCCGAAAAUGUACAAAUUAUUUGUUUACUUUUAUUUAAAUACCUAAAGAUACAGAGUAUAAUCGUUUCAUUUCAACUGUGUUGGUCUGUUGCAUAUGUAGAUGUAGAACACAGCAUAACCUUCUUAGGCUGUAAUAUGGGCUUCAUAGGGUCCUUAGUUUACGUAAAUUGUAUUACUCAGCAUUUUAUCCCAUCAAUGUAUUAUUUUACACACCUUUCUCACAGCUUUGUAAUUUUUAUACGAUUUUCAAGUAGGUUUACGACUUUUGAAAUUAGUAUUUUCCUUAAAAAGACGUUACUUACGUUGUUCUAGUUCUAGUCGAAUAGUGUUUCGCUUCUUAUUACGAACGUAUAAAUAGUGCCGCAAGAUUAAUCACCUACUCGCAAAUGCCUUUUUUGUAAUUUGGAAAUUUUUGAAAUAAAGAGAUCUAAGACGUAAAUACUACGAAGUGGUACGGUAAAGUGUAAUAAUAUGGGUGCAUAUAACUUACUUAAAAUAUGUCCCAUAGUUCUUAAUUCGCUGACAUAUGAGCUAUAGGACAUAUUUUGAGUAUGAUGUGUGUACUUAUAUUAGCGGUACGAAAAAGUACAAAAACGGGACAGACGAAAUACGUAAUUUUAAGAAGGGGCGUUUGGCGAAGGGUGGAUUUGCGCCCUAUUAACCUUUUCGCCGCCAUUGACUUGAUAUAAAGUCAGUACAUUUCGUGCUCCACACGCCACGACUUGAUAUGUUACACGAGUUGCUUCCGUGCAAUUGUUGCUUGGCGUUGAUGACAAUUUAUUAAAUCAUUGACGUGGCGGCGAAAAGUUAAAAUACAUAAUAGGAUUCAUAAUAACCAGUGGCUUCUAUAGUUUAUUAGUACUUAAGGGCCGAUUUAGACGAUGACGACGACGAUGCUAGAACUCGCAUGCGAGUUUCAUACCAUUGCGGGUUUUGAUUGGUCGGUUGAAUUGAACGUACUCAACAGUCCGCAAUGUAACUAAAAUCGCAUGCGAGUUCGCGCGCCGUCUAAUUCAGCCCUAACUUUUGUUAGCCAUAGCCUACAGUACAAAUUAAAUUUUGCAAAUUUUCUUGUUAUUUAACAUUAGGCAUAUCGGUGUUAUAUUAUAAAUAAAACUUUAUUGCCUAACAAUUAGGUCGAAACUUAGUUGUUUGUUCUUUAUUAUUCGUUUCAGAUAUUUCUUGAGUCUCAAAUAACUACAUAGAAGUGUAGUGAUUAAUAUUUGUAUGUUUCAGAAAUAAAACAGUCAUCGAAAUAUA